CGGAAGUGCCCCGUCCUUUCUACCCCGGUCUGCCAUCAUGGUGUUCAAGCGCUUCGUAGAGAUCGGCCGCGUCGCCUUCGUUGCCUUCGGGCCUAAUGAGGGCAAGUUGGUGACGAUCGUGGAUGUUAUUGAUCAGAACAGGGCGCUGGUGGAUGGACCCUGCACUGGCGUGAGGAGGCAGGCCAUGCCCUUCAAGUGCAUGCAGCUCACAGACUACGUCAUCAAAAUCCCUCACAGCGCUCGUCAGAAGUUCGUGAGGCGCGCCUGGGAAAAGGCUGAGAUCAACAAGAAGUGGACCGAGAGCAGCUGGGCCAAGAAGAUCGAAGCCAGACAGAAGAGAGCCAAGAUGAACGACUUCGACCGCUUCAAGGUCAUGAAGGCCAAGAAAAUGAGGAACAGGAUCAUCAAGCGUGAGGUGAAGAAGCUCCAGAAAGCUGCGUCCACCGCAGCCAAAAAGGCCUGAACGCUCUCCAAUAAACAUGUUUGACUUGUU